GUGAAGCAUAACUCUUACUAUUAUUACUAUUACUGUUCUCUGUGUGGCAAGAUGGCGACAAGAAGACUUUUGGCAACGCUGAGCAGAACAACAACAAAGAUGGCGUCCACGACAGGAGCUCUCGGGGACUUUCCGUGUUGGGGACUCUUGCCCAGAAAAGAAACAGGGGUGAUGAACUUCCUGAGCAAAAAUCCCUCCUAUGAUGGCCGUGGUGUUGUCAUUGCCAUCUUUGACUCUGGUGUUGACCCAGGAGCACCAGGGCUGCAGGUGACCACAGAAGGCAAAGUGAAAGUGAUAGAUCGCAUUGAUGGGUCAGGAGCUGGGGAUGUGGACACCUCGACUGUGGUGACACCUGUGGACGGCACCAUCACUGGAUUGACUGGCCGGAAGCUGAAGAUUCCUGAGUCUUGGGUGAAUCCAUCAGAAUACCACAUUGGGAUGAAGGGCAGUUUUUCCCUGUACCCAAAACAGCUUCGGGAAAGAAUGACCAAAGAGAGGAAGGAGAAGACAUGGGACCCACUCCACAAAGAACUGUUGGCUGAGGCACAAAGGAAGGUACAGGCCAUGGAGACCCAGAAGAGUAAUGGAGGCACCAGUAACAGCACAAAUGGGAACGGUGGAGGUGGGAAUAGCAGCCUGUUGGAGAAGCUGGCAAAGGAGGACUGUGAGUCAAGGGUGUCACAGCUCAACACACUGGAAAAAAAGUACAGCGACCUGGGCCCUGUAUACGAUUGUGUGGUGUAUCAUGAUGGGGAGGUGUGGCGGGCAUGCAUUGACACCUCUGAGUGUGGAAACCUGUCGUCAGGGUUGCAUCUAGGAGAGUACCAACUCACCCACCAGUGGUCUGCCCUCACCCAGGCUGACCAUUAUACCAUUUCCAUCAAUGUGCACAAUGAUGGAAAUCUCCUUGAGAUUGUCGGCAUGUGCUCAAGCCAUGGCACCCAUGUGGCCUCCAUUGCCUCAGCAAAUUUUCCAGAUAAUCCCGAGAAAAAUGGUGUUGCUCCUGGUGCUCAAAUAGUUUCCAUUACCAUAGGGGACAACCGUAUCACAGGCAUGGAGACAGGCACAGCAUUAGCCCGGGCCAUGAUGCGGGUAAUGAAGAACCCAAACUAUCGUGUUGACGUCAUCAACAUGAGCUAUGGGGAGCAUGCCCACUGGUCUGACUCAGGACAUUUGGGAGAAUUGGCACAUGAAGUGGUCAACAAGUAUGGGGUCGUAUGGGUGGCCUCAGCAGGCAACCAUGGGCCGGCCCUGGCAACCGUGGGAGUGCCACCGGACUUCCAGAGCGACUCUAUCAUCGGGGUGGGCGCCUACGUGUCUCCUGAUAUGAUGAUGGCUGAAUAUUCCAUGAUUGAGAAGCUGCCAGGCUGCCCAUACACGUGGUCAUCGCGUGGUCCUACAGGGGAUGGUGCUCGGGGAGUGACGGUUUGUGCACCAGGGGGAGCCAUCACCUCCGUACCCACCUUCACCCUCAGGAGUAACCAGCUCAUGAAUGGGACAAGUAUGGCUUCUCCACACACAGCGGGCUGUGUGGCCCUCAUUCUCGCAGCAUUGAAGCUCAAGUCCAUUCCGUACUCACCCUAUUCCGUCCGUCGGUCAAUACAGAACACUGCCCAAAACUUGGACAUUGAUGUUUUUGCUCAGGGACAUGGCCUAAUACAGGUAGAGCGUGCGGUGGACCACCUCAUGCAGCACUCAAGUGGGGUGGAGGACAAGGUGAGGUUUGCUGUAGAGUGUGGUAGUGAGCGGAAGAAGGGCAUCCACAUUCGCAACUGGAAGGCAGACAAACCUAUGGAUGUGUCAGUGGCAGUGGAGCCAGUGAUGCUAAAUGACAGUGAGGCAGACCCAAGUGACAAGCUGUCUUUUUGCAUGGAGCUGGUGAUGACCUGUGAUGCUCCCUGGGUGAAAGCCCCAAGCUGUCUCCAAAUGUCCUACACUAUUAGAUCUUUCCAGCUGAGCAUUGACCCCCGUGGGCUGGAGCGAGGGUGUGUGUACUUUGCAUCACUGAAGGCAUACUCUGCUGCCAAUGUGGAGAAGGGAUGCAUGUUUGAGGUCCCCAUCACUGUUGUCGUUCCCAUUGUUGACCUUCACCAUGGAUAUCAGUAUUCUUGUCCAGCUGAAGUGUUCAGGGCCGGACAUAUCCGCCGACACUUUAUCUAUGUGCCAAUCGAGGCCACAUGGGCCAGCGUGUCCCUCAAGGCCUCGCACUCAGACAAAUGCCAACGCUUCACACUCCACGCUGUGCAACUCAAACCUAAGAGUAGCGUUAAGACACUUGAGUAUUAUAAGGUUAUCAAUCUUGGAUGUAAUGAGAGCAGCAAUCAUGUGUUCAGUGUACGGGGCGGCUUCACUCUGGAAGUGUGUCUGGCUCGCUGGUGGUCCAGUCUCGUUGAUGGACAGGUGCAGGUCUUCGUUGAAUUCCACAGUCUGCGGCCAUCACAGGAAGAGGUGACUCUGUUCUGCAGCGACAAUGUGCAGAGAGUAGAUGUGUGGUCAGGACUGAGAGUUGAAGAAAUGAGCCCCCAGGCAACCCUGAAGCACCAUGCACAGGUGCUGAUGCCCUCUGAGAGCAAGGUUGAGGUUCUAGGUGGGACAAGGGACACCAUUCCAGACUCCAGGCCAGUGUAUCAGCUCAUUCUGUCGUAUUCCCUCUCCCUCUCCAAGACUGCUGAGGUGACCCCCAAAUGUGUGCUGCUGAGUGACGUGCUGUACGAGUCUAUCCUUGAGUCACAACUGUGGAUGCUCUAUGAUAACAACAAGCAGCUGCUGGGAUGCGGUGAUGCCUACAGCAACAAGUACUCCCUCAAGCUGGAGAAGGGAGACUACACCAUCAGACUCCAUGUUCGCCAUGAGAGGCCAGACCUUUUGGAAAAGCUGUCUGACCUGCCCCUCACUGUUCUUACCAAAUUGGCUCAGGAGGUCAAGUUAGAUGUGUAUACAACAUUUAAUGCAGCAGUAGCCUCUGGCAAGAAGGCCCAGACUGUUACCAUGCCCCCAGGGACCUGCCAGCCUCUCUAUCUCACUACCCCGAGCCUCUCUGACAAGACCCUGAAAGGCCUUGGGCUGACCCCAGGACAGGCCCUCAUAGGUACCCUGUCACUUGCCAAGGAUGAACAAGUGCGGAAAGCUGUAAGUAGCCACAAGUUUGGACUCAUACGUACCAUGCCGGACCAGUACCUCCUCCGUGUGGUGGUGACUGAGCUACCCUGCAAGAAGCGAUCUGCUACCAACACCAAUGCAGAGGAGAAGAAGGAUACUAAGACUUAUGCUGAGUACCUGGAGGCACUUAAGGACCUACAGACAGCAUGGAUCUCCAAGCUUGACAAUGAGAAUAGUGAGCAGGUCUACAAGGAGGUGAUGGGUGCCCAUCCAGACCACCUGGCUGCCCAGCUGGCUCGCCUGCAGGCCCUUGAUGCUGCUGGGGCCCAGAAUAGGGCAGCUGUCAUUUCUCAGGCUACUAAGAUUGUCUCAGCAGUAGACACAGCACCAUUGCUGGCCUUCUACGGCACCAAGACUGACACACGCUCAGAUGCUGCAAAAUAUAAGACUCAGAUGGACAAGCAACGCAACACGUUGCUGGAGGCUCUGUCCCGGCAGGGGUUGGCCCUCUGUGCUGAAGUGCAUGCUGCUGCACCUGCUGAACCCUCUCAAGAAACCCUUGAACAACUGGACAGUAUUGCUGCUGACAUAAUGAAGUUUGUAGAGCCAACUGACUCAAAGGUGUGUGGGUUUUUCAUAAGCUACUACAAAGUACGCAAGUUUGACGGCCUGGCAAUGCGGCUAAUUGCUCGGCAGUGUGAGGAGAAGUGGACCCGCGACAAUGAGGCCAAACUGACUGAAGCGUAUAGCCGUUUAGGAUGGACACACAUCUCCUCCCUCAUUGGCAGCUCCCACCCACUGCGAUUCCCCAGCAGCUAUGCACCAUUCUAAAAACCUUAAGGGCACCAACACAACUUUCCUCCAACCACUGGUUCCCAAAAUGGUCUGAUAAAUAUGUAUUGUUUAGUCAUAAGAGUUAUUUGUUGCACCCAUUGAUACAUCCACACCUGUCUUUGAGGGCACCUCCGCUCCCAACCCCACUGGCACCACUCCCCUGCUGUGGCCUUUAACAUCUUUUGUCUGCCGGUUUUGUUGAAUUUUGAUUUGUUUCUUUUUAUAUCAUGUUUGUUGAUGCACUUAAGGCUUGCAAGGCCUUUCGAUACUUUAUUUUCAGCACUGCCGUGGCAUGCCGUAGUAUUUUUUUUACUAGACACUUUGACCUGAUUCAUCAUAAUUAGAUUUAAUUUGCAUUAUCCCUACUCUGAAUUACCCUUUCGUAGAAUUUCUUUGUUAUUUUUACAUUUUAAUUAUACAUCCACGACUGUUGUUCAUUUUUCACUUGUUGAUCAGGGUAGCAGCAGAUGAUGACUGCUGGUGGGGAUGUAUGUGGAGGCCCCUUGGUGCUGAGUGAGUCAUGAGUAAUGGUGAAUGGAGUGAGUAUUAGCUCCUCAACCUUUAGGGAUUCUACUUGAUUUUCUCCCUCCUUGUAUGUGUUUUAUAAGUCUAAUACUGUGUAUUAGAAUUCUUGUUUCAUGAAGGGAGACGAUGCAGGAGUCAUGAGGGGCUGAUGCUGCUGCUGCGCCCAGCUCUUCGUCCCUUAUUUUGGUGGGGUGAUUACGCCAGUGAUGUUUUCAGUGCUGUACACUUGAGGGAAGGGCACUGACCACUACACCUUUGUUAAUUUUAUUUAUUUUUCUAAAUUGCAAUAUGGAUAGUUAUUUUCUAUUUGUUUUCAAGUGAAUCAUAGGAUUUACAUAUAUACAGAAGUUUUUAUUAAUUUGUAAUCACUGAGAUAUUUAUUUUCUUAGUAGUUUAUGAAGGGCUAUGAACACACACACACACACACACACAUUACACACACACACUUUAUAAUUAUUUACCUGUAAGCAAUAUAAGACAAUUUAGGCAACAGCAACCAACAAGAUUGCAUGCAGUACACAUUUUUUCUGUACUCUUGUUUAUAUAGUGUAAGUAGCCAUCUUGUUUUUAGCCCCUGUACAUAUUUCCUGUAAUAAAGGUGGAUCCACACUCA